AUGUCCCAAACUGAGCUCUCACACCGCGAGGCGAAGCGCGAACGCGAGCGCAACCCCGACCUCCCAGAAAACCAUCCGACCAACGCGCUGUCGCCAUGGCGCAAGUUUGCAGCUCUGGUAACCCUCUCGUUCUCAGGAUUUCUCGGCCAGUUCGUCGCCGCCAUCAUCCUCGUCGCGUUUCCGCCCAUGGCGGCAGACUUGGGUGCGAGUAUUGGCGAUAUUGCCAACUCUGUCGGAUACACACUUCUUGGUAUUGCUGUCGGCCCGCUGUUCUGGAACCCUCUCUCGCGGACCCUAGGUCGCCGGCCGGUAUACCUCCUCGGAUCGCUCCUCUUCCUCCCCUGUGCCAUCUGGCAGGCUCUCAGCAAGGACUAUGUGACGUUUGCGAUUUCGCGCGUGUUUGCUGGUCUCAGCAUCGCCUUCUCCCAGACCGUGCCGCCAAGCACUAUUGCCGAUAUCUUUCCCCCGGCGGUGAUCGGACAGAAGAUGAGUAUGUACGUCGUGGCGAUCAUCACCGCUCCAGCCGCCGCCCCAUUCUUCUGCGGCCUGAUUGUACGCUCCUCAUGGCGCAACCUGUUCUGGUUCGUCCUGGGUCUGGGCGGAUUACAGUUGAUCCUCUUCUUCUUCUUCGUCCCCGAGACACAGUGGGUUGAGGACAGCACGCCCCCAACCUCAGUCUCGGAGGACAAGGACAUUGAACACCGUGAAGCUGCUACGCCGUCGGGCGGUCACGUCGGCGUCGCACUCUACCCAUGGAAACAGCCAAAGGAGUUUAUGCGUAUUUGCCUCGGCCCCAUUUCUAUGCUCAAGUACUUUGUCAUCACGGUUCCAUCGUUCUACUACGGUUUUGCCUUCAGUUGGCUUGUCGGUAUCACAGUUGUUACGCCCCAAACCCUCAUUGCCCCGCCUUACAACUUCGCCAUCGUCCCGCUCGGCUGUGCGUUCCUCGCCUACGGCAUUGGUGGCCUGCUGGGAUUCUGGUUCGGCGGCCUGCUCGGCGACAAGACCGUCGCAUAUGUCGCGCGUCGCCAGAGUACCCGCCAGCCGGAACAGCGCCUCUGGGCCGCUCUCCCCGUCAUGCCUUUCAUGUUUGUUGCCCUGCUCAUCAUCGGCUUGAGCCUCCAGCUGGAACUGCACUGGAUCGGCCUGCUGAUCGGCGGCGGCCUCUACUUUUUCACCAUCUCCGUCAUCACCGGCCUCAUCCAGACUUACGUCCUCGAGUGCAACCUUCCCCAGGGAAUGGACAGUAUGGCUGUCUUCAACUUCUUCCGCAUGUUGUGGGGCUUUGUGUGCCCCUUUUUCGUGUGGAAUUGGGGUAUGAAGCAUGGUUGGCUCGCUUGCUACGUCACCCAAGGCGCUCUGACUGCUGGCCUAGGUGUGAUUGUCUGCGGCUUCCUGAUCUGGAAAGGCCGUGCGAUCCGGGCCGCGCAGAACAUGCCUCUCUGGGACUAG